AUGCCUCGUUCUUGGAAUGUGGAUGGAAACAAGUCGGAGCCUCGAACUCUUCUCUACCUACGGGAAGCAGACAUCCACUGGGAUGAAGGCAAUGAUGCAAUCAAGAACGCCCCGUACCCUCUUCGUGCAGAGCAACUCGCCUUCCGACACCAUGAGGUAUACACUGCAUACAAUGCAUUCCAUAAAUUCAUUCACAAUGACCCGGAAGCCCGAAUGGACACUAUCGACGGCAGUGAGUUCAACAGGAAGAGCUGGGGUCUAGACGACGUGACUGGGAAACCAUUCGUCGAUUGCGACAAGGACGUCGUACUGGCUGGUCAUUCGUUCGGCGGAUGCACAGUGCUAUCUAUCCUCUCCUCGGAGCCCACCCAGGAAUACACGCCAAUCCCUGUCUCGCGUGCCGUUAUCCUGGAUCCAUGGCUCGAGCCUCUCCCCGCACCGGGACCAGUUCCUAUCUCGACCAAAGGUAACGGGAAGAACGCCAUCAAUGUAGAGGUCGACUCCGUAAAAAGUACACUCGAGGAAAACGACAUUUUCGCCUCUGACACAGUAGCUCAUCCUCGAAUGUUGGUGAUCAACUCGGAAACGUUCACUUUAUGGAAAGAUCACUUUGCCAGAUUGCAAGAAAUCGUCAAGGGUUGGGAACCGGAAGGAGGGAGGAUUGCCACUCUAGUCGGCUCAAAACAUACAUCCUUCUCCGAUUUCCCAAUUCUCCCGCUAAUAAGUGGGGGUACCGCAAGGAGGAUUUUCAAUACAAUCGCCGAUCUCUCGGUUGCCUUCUUGAACGAUCAAUUUGACGAAGAACUCAAGCAUGUAAAGACACGGAAGAUGGAAAUUAAGGUUAUCGGAGUCAAGAAGGAUGGGAAGCCUAAACGCAAACUAAUCGGUGAUCCUGGCGAUGUCAUUGUCGAAUAG